AUGGCGUCACAUAUACAACUCUCGAUACCACAGGAAGGGAAACUGGUGAAUGUCGUGCCCGUAGUUCUAAAGGAAGCCGCUCUUGAUUCACCGAGUUUUCGAGCUACGACGGUACAUUUCUCCGAGCAGAUAGAUUAUAUGGAAAGAUGGCUCGACAAUUAUAUCAAAACUACAGGGCGGCUUACGUCCGAGCUGGCGUCGCUGGAGAACAUAUCGAACGGAAUCCUUGCUCAUAUCACCUCCCCGCCCAAUAUCUCCGAAGCCAUCCUCGAUCAAGACUACGCUUUACUCGCAAUGAAACGUUACGGGGAGUGCUUUAGAGAUAGCUGGUCUGGAAUGAUAAAUGCAACCAAGCGGUUCGAGGUACAGGUUGCAGAACCCAUCAGGGCGUUCAUGCAGGGAGAUAUACGAGCAUUCAAGACAUAUCGCUACUCUCCGUUAACACCUGUACAGGAGCUACGAAGGGUCCUUGAACAGACUCAGAAGCAGUUUGAUCAGCUACAAGCAAGAUAUUCCUCCCAGGGAAAAUCAAAAGAGCCGUCUUCUUUGAGGGAAGAUGCAUUCCAACUCCAUGAGGCCAGAAAAGCAUACCUCAAAGCCUCCAUGGACUUCUCUGUACAAGCUCCACAGCUCAAGGUUGCACUGGAAAAGCUUCUUGUUAAAGUGUUUUUUGACCAGUGGCGGGAAUUCCGGGUUGUCAGGGAUGCAUCCUCGGCUACCUUCACCAAAUAUGGGCAGGAGAUGGAACGAACAAAAGGAUGGACCCAUGAGUUGGAGGCAGGGGAGAAGUCUGCCCGCAGGGAUCUGCUGAUUGCAAGGAAACAAAUUGAAGAGACGGUUGAGUAUUCUACGAGACCUUCAAGAGAACUGGACGAUUAUUCUAUAUCCACAGUGCCAUACCUUGGCUCACACGGACCUGCAUCCGUCAAACUUGCUGAGAGCCAUGUUUUCCUACCGGAAAAGCAAGGGUGGCUUAACCUAAGGGUCCUCACCGGAAAGCCAACGAGGACACUUUGGGUGCGGCGUUGGGCUUUUUUGAAGAAUGGAAUAUUUGGCUGUCUGGUUCAGAAUCCUAGGACUGGCGGAGUGGAAGAGAGUGAACGAAUAGGCGUAUUGCUUUGCAGCAUCCGUCCAGCUUUUCAAGAAGAACGCCGUUUCUGUUUCGAGGUUAAGACCAAGAGCAACACAAUCCUACUACAAGGAGAGACUCAAAAAGAACUCACAGACUGGAUAGGGUCAUUUGAAGCUGCUAAACGAAAAGCUCUUGAAAGCCCUAGCUCAGAGAUGUCAGCGGCUUCAAAAUCGAAAUCACCAGAUCCAGCGUUUGCAAUCUCACAACCCCCUGCCCCUGAAUUUGCUGCGGAUCCUUCUGACUCUUUGACUCCGAACACCACUGAGGAGCUGCCUGCUGUUGAACGCGGGGCCACCGCACCUUUACUAGAUUUAGAUGCUCUAGGUGUCAGGAGCAGUGGUGAUUUCUCUCACUCUAGACGAUCUACCGGGCCGGACAGAGACGCUGACGGUGCUGGUCGGGAUCACACCUCAAGGAUAAUCCAGAAGUUAGAUAUCCACCGAAAGCAAAAUCCAACUUCGCCUCUUCUUGUGCCACCUUCACCUGCGCAACCAUCGAGUGGUAUUGCUAGCCUGAUAUCCGCGAGCCAUAGUAUGUUCCCUGUCACAUCUGUUCCCUUUGCAAAGGAUGGCAAUGUCGAGAGCGGCAAAUCAAGAGGUGCCUCUAAAGGAGAUCGCAGCCAAACCUCCCUUGCGCCAUCAACAUUAGUUAACCCUCCUGCACCUACGAAUAUGAGUAGAGUGGCUAUUAUGGUCAGCGCCGAGAGAGGCAUUGGUAUGGGACCAGGUGAUAUCGCAAGUUCGAUACCCACUGGAAUGAUGGCCAAUUUAUGGGGAAGUUCACAAUGGGCAAUGGUGAAUCAGCUCCAACGAGAAGAACCGCCUGGAGCCCCUGCGAGUACUCCUAAUCAGCCCGUAGUUGAAAUAACUCCAGAUACCCCCUCUAGCUCUACAGGUAACCCUCAAGGUCGUACAUCUAUGACACGUCAUAGGGCUACGGUCAGCCUUGGAGAUACUGGAGCAUUCCAUCCAGAUACCGUCACAGCGCCUCAUGACUACCCAUCUUACUAUCCACAGCAACUCAGACCCCACAACUCUCAAUUCCGCCUACUUUUCCCACAUAUACCCAGAAACGAAAGUCUUGUUCUUGUUUUCAGGGCCACAUUUAGCCCAAAUGAUCAACAAGAUUUCCCGGGAAGAGCCUUUGCAACUACUCACAACAUCUAUUUCUAUAGCAACCAUCUUGGCCUUGUUUUAACCACCUGCGCCAAUCUACGCAGUAUAACCGAGGUUACGGCAGCACCGGGAAGGGAUUGUGACUUCUUAUAUCUUCAUGUUGUUCCUGAAAAAGGCAGCGAUAUCCCUGGACGUCUAGGGGUAAAAACAUUCUUGGAGCCCUUGAAAUUGCUGCAAAGAAGACUGAAUUACCUUGUCACCAACGCUGCUCUGGAUAACCCAGCGGGCUUAGAAACAGUAAUUAACACACUUAUUAAGCUGGAAACCACUGGUCCGACAAGAACACCUAGUAUGGACAGUUGGGAAAAUGUAUCUUUGAACACCCCAGCUGAUGACGGUACCAUGGUACCAAAACCAGAGAAAUUGCUGAAAGCCAGCACAUACAUUGACCACGACCUGGAUAUCGAUCCCACCAAGCAGAACCCUGCCACACAAGCUUCUCGUAUAAGAUUGCCUUCACAGCCAGUCAUAUAUGAACCACAAGGCUCCCUUAACCUUGCUGCUGAGCAAUACGUUAACAUGAGCCCCAAAGCUUUAUUCCUCGUGCUAUUCGGAGAUAAUAGUCCUAUUUGGCAACUGUCUCAGCACCAAAGAAGAGCGCAGAAUAUCAAGCAAGGGCCUUGGGUCACUUUACCUUCCUCUCACCUUCGACGUGAGAUGGCGUAUCAAAUUCGCAUGGUUGAUACUUUCGGGCGAUCCCACCUCGCAGACGUCUGUGAUUACCAAAUAAUAGAUGUAUUUAACGACCACCUUUGCUAUGUUGUCACGGACAAACGCACUCCCUGGCAUCUACCAUUCAAGCGGCAAUUUAGGCUCGUUAGCAAAGCUGUCAUCACCUAUGUUUCCAAAUCUAAAUGCAAGCUGGCUAUAUUCACCAAGGUUGAGUGGAUAUCGCAGCCAUAUCUUAUCAGCAGUAUAAUCGAACGGCAGGCAAUGAAGGAGCUAGAACAAAGCUCACUAGAUCUGAUCGACCUAGUAUCAGACCAAGUAAAACGACUUGGGCCGUAUCCUACAACGAAAAGCGCAAUUUCCAUGUUUGGUAACAUUGGCCAUCAGACAGAAACUUCCAACAUUACGGUUUCUGAGAGAGUUCGGUUACAGCUACAGCGCCCAUUAAAGCAGAGUGGUUUGCUGCCACUGCUACUAGAAACAUCUGGAUCGUUAUUCCAAUCCGCAGCAUCGUCCUUGAUUAUCUGGUUCUGGGCCCUGCUUCGAUGGAUUUGGAAAGUAUCUAAUGCCAAUAAGACUAUUCUAUUGCUAUUGAUACUCAGUAUUCUCGCUAAUGGGUUUCACUCAUGGCGUGAUACAAUGGAUUGGUGGCAAGAACGCAACGCGGGUAAAUUCAUGGCCCGCCUUGGUGUUCGUCCAAACAUAGUGAUGGGCAAAGCAGUCUAUCUUAAAGAUUUAAAUGACGCUGUUCCGGAUUCGGUAGGGAUUCAGGGCUUCAAUACUAGCAUUUGUUUUUCAACAUUCCGUGAAGAGAACGGAUUAACAAGAAAUGACUUACUGUUACCGCCAUCAAGCACACCUACUCAGAAUAAAAUAUCACGUAACGCAGCCUACCGGCUCCAACGUACUCGGGAAAGACUUGGGUCCUAUCGCCACAACCUCCUUGUGGGCCUAAAGGUGGUGAAUAGCAUCGAGAAGGAAGUUCUUCACUUGGAGUGGGAACGAUGGCUUCGUCGAGAAACCGGGAGAUGCGCCAUGCUUGAUAUAAUGCUCAAAGAGCGUAUACAAUAUCACGAUAAUGACGACUAUGACGGAGUUUUGGGUAUUCGAAAACAGAUUUUAUCUGGAAACAAGAGAGAAAUUGAAAAGUGGUAUAAGGAGUAUUGUUCGAGUUGCCAGCGGGACCAGGAGAGGGUUCUUAUCGAUAAUUAG